AUGGGCUGGAGGCUGCUGAGAGGAGUGGUGGAAUGUAAGCUCUGGUCUGGCUUACCUGGGGCCCAGGUGCUGGACUUUGGCUGGCCUGACUUACACACUCCUGCCCUGGAGAAGAUCUGUAGUGUUUGCAAGGCCAUGGACACGUGGCUCAAUGCCAACCCUCACAAUGUCGUGGUCCUCCACAACAAGGGAAACCGAGGCAGAACGGGAGUUGUCAUUGCUGCUUACAUGCACUACAGCAAUAUUUCUGCCAGUGCAGACCAGGCCCUGGAUCGAUUUGCUAUGAAGCGAUUCUAUGAGGAUAAAGUGGUUCCAGUGGGGCAGCCGUCCCAGAAGAGGUAUGUCCAUUACUUCAGUGGGCUGCUCUCGGGCUCCAUCAAAAUGAACAACAAACCCUUGUUCCUGCACCAUGUCAUCAUGCACGGCAUUCCCAACUUUGAAUCUAAAGGAGGUUGUCGACCUUUUCUCAGGAUCUACCAGGCCAUGCAACCUGUCUACACUUCUGGUAUCUACAAUGUCCAAGGAGAUAGCCAGACCAGCAUCUGUAUCACCAUUGAGCCUGGAUUGCUUCUGAAGGGAGACAUCUUGCUGAAAUGCUAUCACAAAAAGUUCCGAAGCCCAGCUCGGGAUGUCAUCUUUCGAGUUCAGUUCCACACCUGUGCCAUCCAUGACUUGGGAGUCGUCUUUGGGAAGGAGGACCUGGAUGAUGCCUUCAAAGAUGAUCGGUUUCCAGAGUAUGGCAAAGUAGAGUUUGUAUUUUCUUAUGGCCCAGAAAAAAUACAAGGAAUGGAACAUCUGGAGAAUGGGCCGAGUGUGUCUGUGGACUACAACACUUCUGACCCUCUUAUCCGCUGGGACUCUUAUGAUAAUUUCAAUAUGCACCGUGAGGAUAGCAUGGAAGAGGUGGUGGCACACACCCAAGGACCGCUGGACGGGAGCCUCUAUGCCAAAGUGAAGAAGAAGGACUCCCUGCACGGCAGCACAGGUGCGGUCAACGCCAUCCGCCCAACUCUCUCAGCCACCCCCAACCACGUGGAACACACCCUGUCCGUGAGCAGCGAUUCGGGGAAUUCUACGGCCUCCACCAAGACCGACAAGACGGAUGAGGCGGCGGGUCCUCCCGGCGCUCCUCAGUCCCUGAGCCCCGAGGAGAAGCGCGAGCUGGAGAGGCUGCUCAGCGGCUUUGGCUUAGAGCGGGACAAGCCAGGGUCCAUGGACCACCCCCGGCACCGUCUCUCCCGCCAACACGGGGGGCCCACCGCCCCCGCCUCUGGGCGCCGUGUGGUCCCCGCCCAGGUCCACGUCAAUGGCGGGGCGCUGCCUUCCGACAGGGAGACGGACAUCCUGGACGAUGAGCUCCCCAUCCAGGAUGGGCACAGCGUGGGCAGCUUGGGCACUCUGUCAUCCCUGGAUGGCAUCACCAACACCAGCGAGGGCGGCUACCCCGAGGCGGUGUCUCCACUGACCAACGGCCUGGACAAGCCGUACCCAGCAGAGCCGAUGGUGAACGGCGGCAGCUACCCCUGUGAAGCCCCAGCCCGAGCUCCCCUCUCUCAGGCAGUCCGCGGGGGCCCCGUGCGACCCUCGUUCUCAGCCCAGGAGGGCCUCUCCGGGUACCAGCGGGAGGGCCCACACGUGGGAUGGCAGCCAUCGUCCAACCCCCACUGCGGUUACGACGCCAACGGGAUGUUCCGCUCUCAGUCCUUUCCAGAAACCGAGCCUCAGUUGCCCCAAGCGCCGGCUCGUGGUGGGAGCAGUCGAGAAGCAGUGCAGCGGGGUCUGAAUUCUUGGCAGCAGCAACAGCAGCAGCAGCAGCAGCAGCAGCCUUGCCCACCUCCACGCCAACCAGAGAGGGCCCGUCUGGAGAGCCACACAGCCCUGGGGGCCAGUCCCCAGACUCCUGCCGAGAUGUCCGCCUCUGGCCUCCCCGAAUUCCCCAGGGCAGCCUCCCAGAAGGAGAUCGAGCAGUCUAUUGAAGCGCUCAACAUGCUCAUGCUUGACCUAGACCCUGCCUCCUCUGUGUCCCCCUUGCACAAGUCACAGAGUGUCCCUGGGGCCUGGCCAGGGGCUUCUCCUCUUGCCUCCCAGCCUCCCCCUGGUCUCUCCCAUCCAUCCCAGCCUCUGGCCCAGUCAAGAUCUGGCUACAUCCCAAGGGGACAUCACCUGGGAACACCUGAACCAGCUCCCCGCAUCUCCCCAGAUUCUGCUUCCCCCGGGAGGUCUUACUCUCCCUAUGAGUACCAGACAUCUUCAGCUGUACCCAGCCAGAAUUACCAGCCCAGAAGUCCCGUCUCUUCUACUUCUGCUGCCUUCUUGGCUUCCUCCAGCCCUCUGGGUCCUCGACAACCUCCAGCAACUCUCCCUGGCCUCACAACUCAACCUCAGCUCCCUCCAAAGGAGCCUGGUUCUGACCCAUCCCAGACCCCUGAGGAAGAGCCCUUGAACCUGGAGGGGCUGGUGGCCCACAGGGUGGCAGGGGUACAAGCUCGGGAAAAGCAGACAACAGAGCCCCCUCCCCCACUUCGGAAACGAGCAGCCAGUGAUGGGCAGUAUGAGAACCAUUCUCCAGAGCCCACCUCCCCUCGGAGUCCUGGGCUACGGUCGCCAGUCCAGUGUGUUUCCCCAGAGCUGGCCCUCACCAUUGCCCUCAAUCCAGGAGGACGGCCCAAAGAGCCCCAUCUGCAUAGCUACAAAGAGGCUUUUGAAGAAAUGGAAGGGGCUACCCCGGCCAGCCCACCUCCCAGCGGUGGUGAGAACUCUCCCCCAACCCCUGACUUCCCUCUGGAGGCACUGGAGCUGAGACCCUCCUCUGAUUCCUUCUCCCUCCACCCCUCUGCUGAGCCCAGGAGCUAUGUUGAGUCUGUGGCUCGAACAGCAGUGGCUGGACCCCGAACCCAGGAUGCUGAGCCCAAGAGCCCAACUAUCCUGACUAUCCAGACUUAUGGUCCUGAGACACCCCUGAGGAAUGGAACUCUGGGCAACUCGUUUGCCCCACCAAGCCCCAUUUCAACCAGCAGUCCCCUCCUUGGCACGGACAGCACAUCCGUGGGGAGUUUCCCAUCGGCAGAGAGCAGUGGCCUAGGCCCCAGGACUCCCACCCAGCCUGUGGCGGAUGCGAGCUUCCACUCGGGCAGCCUGGGCCAGCCUUCCUCUUCUGCCCAGAGCAGUUACCAGAACGCCUCCCCCACGGUGCCGUCCACCGGCAGUGGCCACCGGAGCCCUGACUACUAUUCUCCAGACAGCCGGGCUCAGUCUCAGUUCUCUGUGGCCGGUGUCCACGCCUUGCCCGGGAGCCCUCAGACCCUCCACCGGACGGUGGGGACCAAUACUCCUCCUAGUCCGGGCUUUGGUCGGCGGGCGGUCAACCCUGGCAUGGCGGCCUCUUCCCUGGGCAGUCCCGGGCUGAGCCGCCGCCAGGUCUCCGGUCCCCAUGGGAACGCGGUGGCCGGCCUCCAUGGCAAUGCGAUCGCCGGCCCCCAGAGCCAUGUGGCUGCCUCCCCUGGAAGCCCUAGCCUGGGCCGUCACCCCACUGGUGCUGUCCACAGCAAUUCCGUCACCACUCCAGGAAGUCCCAGCCUGAGCCGCCAUGGGGCAGGCCUGGGAGGGGCCGGCCCUGCGGUCCCGGGCAGCCCCAGCAUGGACAGGCACGCGGCCUAUGGUGGCUAUUCCACCCCAGAGGACAGGAGGCCCGCUCUGUCCCGCCAGAGCAGCGCCUCAGGCUACCAGGCUCCCUCCACCCCCUCCUUCCCGGUCUCCCCAGCCUACUACCCCGGGCUCAGCAGUCCCACCUCCUCGUCCCCCGACUCGGCGGCUUUCCGGCAAGGCAGCCCCACCCCAGCCCUGCCGGAGAAGCGGAGGAUGUCGGCCGGGGACCGGGCAGGCAGCCUUCCCAACUAUGCCACCGUCAAUGGAAAAGUGUCGUCGUCGCCCAUCUCCAGCGGCAUGUCCAGCCCCAGCGGCGGCAGCAUGGUCUCCUUCUCCCACACGCUGCCCGACUUUUCCAAGUUCUCCAUGCCAGACAACAGUCCUGAGACCCGGGCUAAUGUUAAGUUUGUCCAGGACACAUCCAAGUAUUGGUACAAGCCAGAGAUCUCCAGGGAGCAGGCCAUCACAUUACUCAAGGACCGGGAACCAGGAGCCUUUAUCAUUCGGGAUAGCCACUCUUUUCGAGGAGCAUACGGCUUGGCCAUGAAAGUGGCAUCUCCUCCUCCCACAAUACUUCAGCAGAGUAAGAAAGGAGACAUGACCAACGAACUGGUCAGGCAUUUUCUGAUUGAGACCAGCCCCAGAGGGGUGAAGCUAAAAGGAUGUCCGAAUGAGCCCAACUUUGGAUGUCUCUCUGCACUGGUCUACCAGCAUUCUAUCAUCCCACUGGCUCUCCCCUGCAAGCUGGUCAUUCCAAACCGAGAUCCAAGUGAUGAGACAAAAGAUAGUUCAUCUGCUAACUCCACCACAGAUCUACUGAAACAAGGGGCAGCCUGCAAUGUGCUUUUUGUGAACUCUGUGGACAUGGAGUCACUCACAGGGCCCCAGGCCAUUUCUAAAGCCACAUCUGAGACCCUGGCUGCAGACCCCACACCGGCUGCCACUAUUGUCCACUUCAAGGUCUCCGCCCAGGGGAUUACGUUGACAGACAACCAGAGGAAGCUAUUCUUCAGGAGACAUUAUCCCCUCAACACUGUUACCUUCUGUGACUUGGACCCCCAAGAACGAAAGUGGACAAAAGCAGAGGGCGGUGUGCCUGCUAAGCUCUUCGGUUUUGUGGCCAGGAAGCAAGGCAGCACCACGGACAACGCCUGCCACCUCUUUGCGGAGCUAGAUCCCAACCAACCUGCUGCAGCCAUUGUCAACUUCGUUUCCAAGGUCAUGCUCAGCUCUGGCCAGAAGAGAUGAGCCUGCCAGGGGCCAGGGCGGCUGGGCUUGGGGCACAUGGGGAAGGGGACCCUUGAAUCCAGAAGGAAGAGAUGGGGCCAAUUUUUGGAGAAGGAGAGAGGAAAGUGCCAUUUGGGAAGAGGGAAGUGAAUUCAGAGGAGGAGGAAAGAAGACAAAAUGGUGGGAAGAACAACAUAGAGCCUGUUGGGAGAAUAGAAACUUUGAAAAAAACCAAUGAAAAACCCAACACCCCAAAUAGUCAACUAGCCAAGACCAUGUGACCUUCUUUCUACCCCAUGGGAUUUUUCCAUGGGGUGAGGCAGGGCAUGGAGUGGCAAAUCCCCUGUGGGAUUUAUUUUUAAGAUCAUGGUUAAAGUAGAUCCUCAUCUCCCUAACUUAAUAACCAUGCAAGGAAAGUCUCAAGCUGAAAGAGUCCUCCUUUUGGACACUUGUGUCCAUCAAACAAAACAGGGCCAAGGAGGGAAAUCCAAGACAACCAUUUUUUCCUUUAAUAGGUAGCACAUACCCCAAGGUGUAUACUAAGGUCUCUUCUGUUUUGCAAUGGCUAUGCAUAUGUAUAAGUACCUGCGUGUAUUAGACAUAUAACUCCAGAUUCAGCUGUAUAGAUAAUAUGCGCAUGAAGUUGGCCUUCUUCCCCAAAGCUGAUCUCUUCCAUUUCCUGGGGUCACUGUAAGAACAUGAAUAUAUCAAGGAGGGGGCCUGUCCCCGUACUCAGAAUCACCCCGAUUGUGAAUGUCAGCUUAGGACCUCCUUUUGUCCCAGCCAGACACCUCUGACAACACUUGGAUGGUUCCUCGUUCUCCUCCUCAGACACACAAGAGCAGGAUGCACAUGGCUGUCCCUUCUGAACACUGCACUGAGGAUCUCCCCAUGCAAGGCAAUGUCCUUGCUUUGUCAUGGCCUCGAGGCUGAGGAACUCUGUUUUGUGGGGGUAGAUGCUUAAACCCAAAACCUUGGAAGUUCUGGAGAGAGUUGGGAGAACUGGAUAGGAAGAAAGGCAGGGGAUACUGAGCCCUGAUGCAUGGUCCUUUAGACAUGUGGGGCAAGACAUGUCCCUCCCAUUCUCCGUAGGGCUCACUACUGCCCCUAAUAUCUCCUCCUCCAAUCUUUGUGCCUUGUGUCCCGAACUUGACCCUGGAUCUAGCUUCUUAGACUUGCUUACAGGAUGAUCACAGGGAUUUAGCCAUCCUGCCAUAUUGGAAACCAAGAAUCCUGUUGGACUCUUCUUCAGAAAGGUCUGUCCAAUUUUGCCUUCAGGAAGUCCAAGGGGGAAGACUCAACCCUUGUCCUCCUCUCCACAAGUGCUUUAGGGGUGUUUGGCUUUUUCUGUCCCAUGCAGGCUCAGCUUUCCUGGAGAACAGUUGUCUGUCACCACUCUGGCCGGGUCAGACCAUGUUGGCCUCAGGCUUGGUCCAAUCUCUGGGGCAGACAACCAACCUGCAUGCUCAUUGGGUAGACUACUUUACAAUGCCAAAGUCCCUCUUUCUCCCUACCUUGUCUCUCCAAAAGAACCAAGCCAUAUGGGGUGGAAGGCAUGAGAACAAGCCUAGGAGCCCAGGGUCCCUGCUGUGAAAGCUCCACACCUCUGAAAGAAACCUAAACCAGAAACAAGAACUCAAUGCUUUGGCUCCCCAAGCCCACUUGGGUCCUAAGUGAGAGGCAUUGUACUGAUAUAUAAAUAUAUAUAAUAUAUACAUAAGAUAUACUGAUGGAAUACUGUAAGCUAAUCAAGUUUAAGAAAAGGAAAAAAAGCAGGUAAAUUGACAAGAAAUAUUUAUUUUUUUUUCUGUAUUGCUUUAUUGCCUCCCCCUGGGUAUAUACUGUAUCCCACCCUUCCCUGUCUGGGCUCUUGUAUGUAUCACUAAAGCCUGAGAGAUAAGAGACCUUAUAUUUGGAGCAUCUUUGAACCUGCCUCCAACCUUAUCCUCCACUGUAUUCACGAGGUGGGAGGGUGGGGUAGGGUGGGGAAGUAGAGUGGUUCACCCCAGGGUAAAGUUGUGUACAUCUGUUCCCUUCAUCAGGAGCCCCUGAAGUUUCUCUUUCAGCCCAAGGCUCAGCAGCUUCAAGAUGUAAGGAGCUGAACCCCAAUGCCAAAUGCCCUUUGCGUGUGUGUGUGUGUGCGCGUGCGCGGAGGUGGAGGUUUCAGGAUGUGUGUGUAGGAUAUGGAUGGUGUGUAUAUUAUUACUUGUGUAUCUCUUCAUUUUUUCCCCUCCAAAAUCAUGUAAGUGCAUGGCAGUGCUGUUUCAGUGAGUUGGAAAUGAGAAUGGUUUGUAGAAGGCAGGGAGCAGACCUGAAGAGAUGUCCCCCGUCACCUGCUCCCCAUUCGUAGAGAAGACCUUGAGGUUUUUGACAGAGGUCCCCUUCCUUUUGAGAAUUUCAAGCUAGACCCCCGGAUUUUUGAAAACUUUUCCUUAGUUCCUCAUCAACCCAGCUCUGUGCCCAAAGAGGAGACACAUAUAUUUUGCUCUCUCUUUGUCAAGUCAAUAGUUUUUCACCUUUAUUUUACCACUGCUCAGCUGGCAGAAUCCUGGGCUCCUGGUCUGGAUCCUUCAUCACUGCUUCAUAGCAGAUGAAUUGCCAGACCCUCUUAUCACCCAGCUCCAGGGCCCCAGGCUGGGAUCUGGGAUCAGCUUUCACAUUCACUUUUCUCUCACCUUGUGCCCACAGACUGUCUUAUCUCUUGGUCAUAGCCACCCUCCACAAAUCUUGUUUCAGAUCAAUCCUAAUGAUUUUAUUUUGGAGGAGACAGUUUAAAGUUUAAAAGCCAGCUAUCCCCUUACGUCACCCAACACCAUUUUUAGAAGAACCAGUUUCCUAGAAUUUAUUGUUUCUAAUCUGGAUAUAUGUUUAGAGUUACCUGGAGUCACUAGUUUUGAUUAUCCAGGGAAUCCAAGGUGGGUAAGAGCUGUGUUCAAAUCUUGGUGUGGGUACCUACAUCUUUGGGUAAGAUGUUGGGAGGAUAAGACCAUGUGGAAUUAGGUGUCAGAAAUUGUAUCUCACAAGUAGGCAUGAACACACACAGAGCACUGCAAUAUAUUCUUGCCAAAGAUUUCCUUUAAAAAGAAAGCACUUUUAAUUUUUUUGUAAAUGACUGUAUCUUUCUCAUCCCUUAUUCCCUCUCCACCCCACUUUGCUGUUGAUUUAUGUUGUAUGUUGUUGAUGUCUGUUUGUCAAUCCAUUUGGGAAUGUUGGAUCAUGCCUUCUUAAGUCAGGCUGAAGAUAAGGGAAGAGAGGACCAUCUUGAAAAUAAUUGACAGAGAGUAGGCUGUCACUCAAGCAUCAGUGUUGAGUGAUGACAAUAAUUGAUUUGUCCCUACUCUCUCCGCUCACACCCCUGGCCUUCUCCCACCCAGCCCUAUUCUAAGUCAGGAUGAGAACAUGCUUAAGUUUCCAAGACAGGAUGGGGAUGUAAUAAGAGCAUCCCCAAGGGAGACAGGAGAGGGAAGGGAACUCUUAAAAACAAGCCAAGCUCAGAGGAUUUGGGGAGCUUCUGUAGGUGUGGAAUGAAGAUGAAACAGAAAAUGUCAACUGAUGCUGAGGGAUUAGGUGAAUGGGCAGCAAACCUGUAGUUUGACCAGCUUCAAAUGCUACCCCUCUCCCUGACCAGGAUCUCUUUAUCAUCAUCCCAGAGGCUCUGUUCUUUGUUAUAUCUAUUUUGUUUUCAUCUUUUGCAUUAUAAAUGGUAUGUGUAUUGAAAAAGGGUCUCUUUCCUUAUCUAACCGCCUUCCCUUUGCCCACAAGAGAGGCUGUAUCUUUUUAGUCCUUUGGAAAAGUCCCUCCAACUCCACAUGCAACCCUGGGCCCUUCCUUUGGCUGAACAGAAAAAAAAAUUGUGGGGAAUAAUGGCUGUAUCUACCAUCAUUGAAGGUGGAAUCUCUGGGCAAGUCAGAGUUCCAGAGAGGAGCAGAGAGUGGAGGUGUGUGCUUGUAUGUGUGAGAGACAAUCCCACCAGAGACAGAUUACUUGAAGGGCUCUCAGGAAGAGAUGGGUAUAGGAAACUCUGGUCACUGAUCUGAUUGGGACUGGACUGAGAGGUCAGUUCUCCCUCAUUGGUCCAGAGGAAGGAUUGGCAUGUGAGGAGAAUCUGAUCUAGGCUGCCCGUUCAGGGAUCAUCAUCUUGUCAUCUUUGCUGGUCCAGGUUUCUUCUCUGCAUUGCCUUCCUCAGUGUCAGCAACACUGGCUACAAGGCAGGGCUCUUGUCUUUCAGCCCUGGCACGUCUCAUGCCUAGGUCCUUUAUCUGAUGAGACUCUGGAGUUGCCUUCCACAACAAAAGAAAGAUGGGUGUGGGUAUAGAUGUGUAAGUGGGUGUGCACAUGUGUGUGAGAGGAUGUGUGGAUGGGGGUGGGUAAUACUUGCAGGAGGCAGUGGUACGAGGUACGAAAUCACCCUCAGACAAAAGGAAUUGGGAGGUGAGGCCCACAGGGGUCACCUGGUUGGCUUUAGGUUCAGUCUUGUUUUUGUUUGGCUGAUGGUGAAAAUCAUUAGGCAGAGUGAGGGUCCGGGGGUUGUUCUCCUCCUCCCUAUGCCUCAUUUCCUAGAGUCUGGGAAGUGUGGGAAGGCUUUUAUUUCUUCCCAUCCUUGAGCUGUUCCUGGCAGCCUGAUUUUUGUUGGGAGGAUGUUCCAAAUUAAUUUUCUAAUCAGUGUUAAGUGGUUUGAAGCCCGUGUGUAUGUGUGUGUGUUUUAGUGUAUAAGUGCACAGAUGUUUGUUGUGUUUUUCUGUUUCCCAUCCUCCUGUCUCAAAUGUCAUUGAAAGCAAAUGUAAGAAAUCCCUCCCCCAGCACUAGAUCUUCCCCAGAAAAGAUAUAAUAACCCUGUCCUUUCCUAUCCCCCCCCCCGGCUGUGUAUUUAUAUAGAUGGAAAUAUACUUUAUAUUUUGUAUCGUUGUGCCCAUAACUUUUGCCACCUUGUAUAAAAUCUGACUUAUUAUGUUACUCAUCCUGGGUAUGAAUGUAUUGUACACUGAUGCUCUCCUCCCACUCUGUACAGCGGCCUUUGUUUCCUUGCGACCCAUUGUAUGGCUUUAUAAAUGAUAAAGUUUAAAAAAAAAUCCA